ACAAAAACAUCAUCUGAUUUAAUAUCACUUAUUUUCCAAAUAUUUAGAUUUUCCCGACUUCUAUAAGCUUGGCUAUUUCGACUCGUUUCAUCGACGGUAUUCCGAACCACAGCUGUUGUUAUUCUUUUCUACAUGUAGACGUCUACCUACGGAGACUAGGCUAGUGAUGUGGGCUUGGGCUUCAGCAUUCUAUUGUCCAGUUUCCAGUGAAGCAUGCAGGCAGAGAAUAAACAUCAUUAAACAUCCUGACUUAGAAAAGUCCCUAACAGACUCUGGAUUGGAUGAGGGAAGUAACUCUGGCAGUCUUGAUACAGGGAUGUCGGGAGAAAACAGCGAUGAUGAUGAUGUUGUUUUGAGAAAGCCACAGAAAUCAAUACACAGGAUACUUGAUGAUGACAGUGACUUGUCCCAGGACGUUACAAAGAAAGGAGAGACUGUGUCUGAUGAUCUUCAAAGUCAGGAAGAAAAUGUAGACCCGAGAUUUGACUUGUCCAAAGAGGUGAUAGAUCUUAGAGAGAAAAGAAAACAGGAGUUUACACCGGAGCAAGCUCUAGAUGUGAUCAUGCAGGACUCUUCAGAGGAGAGUGAUGAAGAUGACACACCUACAAAAAAGAAAAGAGUGAAGCGACCAGUAGCUGACUCCAGCUCAGAUGAAGAUGAAAAUGUUUCCCUCAUGGACACCAUUAAGAAACAUACAGCUAAAACUGGAACAGAUGAUCUCUUUGACAGUGAAGAAACAACACAGAAAGAAGAUGAUGAUUCAGACAGCGAUAAUGAGAGAGAUUCACAGAGAAAAAUUCCAGACAACUUGUUUAAUGAUGACCGACACAGUGAUAGCGAUAGUUCAGGUUGUAAGUCAUCAGGAUCUGAGGUUGAGAAAUCAGAUAAUGAACAAGGGGAUGAAGGCUUUGAUGAAUCUACCAUUGAUCCUAAACUACUUGCUAAACUAAAGAAGGGAGCAUCAAAGAAGCCGAAAAAGAAGUCCAAGAGAGAAGAGUUACAGACAAUACACAGUGAAUCACAGAGACUAGUCAGAGAGUCGAGAGUAAAUCUACCUUAUCAUCAGCCAGCACCAAAAUCUAUCGAUGCUUUCUUAGAGAGAGCCAACAGGAAACAACACGAGUACAAAGUUCUUAGAGGAUUCAGAGAUACAACAAAAGCAAAUUUAAUGCAAGACAUUUUACAGAAAGCAAGAAUUCAAUCAAAACCCAAAACUCAGGAAGAGCUUGACAAAUACAGUGAUUCUGAUGAAGAUUGGAACCCAGAAGAGGAAAAGGAAAAACAUCUAAAAGAUCGAAUAGAUGAAAGAAUGAGAAAUAAAUCUGGGGGAGGAAUGCCUCUUGGUGAAAUUAAACUAAAUGAUGUGGAAAAUGAUAAUAGCAAUCAAAGUAGUGUUGCAAUUACUGUUGAAGAAAGUAUAGAUGAUGAUAAUGAAGACGAUCUACCAGAUAUUUGUGAUUCUAUAGAACAGACUGAUAAAGAUGUAAAUAAGUUAAGUAGUGUUACCGAAAGUGUUCAUAACAAAAAUAAAGGAGAUUCUGAAAGUGUGGUUGGAGCAGAAUGUGUUCAAGGUAACAUGGAUACCAAUGCCAGUUGUGUUCAAACUAAUAAAGAAUGUGUUCAAGAUGAAUUUCAAUCAGAGUGUUCAAACAAUAAAGAUAGUGCUUCUGGUAUAACUAUUGAUCAGAUUGAUGAGACGCCGGAUGAUCUGUUAUAUGACUGGGAGAAAAACGAUUCUGACAAUAAAGAUUUAGAUGAAAAUUCAGGGAAAGCUCAGGGAGAGGAUAAAGAAUGUACUGAAACUGGUGAGAACAAUUUGGAUAAAUCUGAUGACAAUAAAGAAAACAUUGAUCCAAAUGGUCGGCCACUUGAUGCAUCUAAAUCUGAUGAAAUUCUUACACCUAGUCGAAAAGAGAAACCUAAGUCUAGUCCUAGAAGCAGCGCAAAGAAAAAGAAGAAUAAAAUAGCAGCACUUGCUGGAAUUGAUUUAGACAAUGUGAAACCAUGUCUCAGUGGUAAUGAUGAAACAUUUGUAACACUUGAAGUGAGUGAGGAGGUACCUAAACAUCCAGGUGUUCAGAAACUGAUGGAUAGGUUAACAAAACAUUCAGUGAAAACAGAAAAGAAACAUAGUAAGGAUACUGAUAUAAGUAUCAUUUCUAAAGAUGUUGUUAGUAUAGACAAAGAAGAACUAAAGCUAAACACAUUCACGUACCACAGUAUUGAAGAGGAAACCAAUCCAUUGCUCAAACUAGAAGCACCAGGUGCAAAGCUAGUUGCUCUAAAGGAACAACUGAAAGAAAAGAUGAAGGCCCGGCGAGAGAUGGCAAGGCAGAAACGCCAGGAGGUAUAUGACCUUGACAAUGAGGAAGGAGGUUUUGAUGCUGAGGAAGAGGCAGAAAUGUCAGAACAUUCUGAUACAGACAUCGAAGAUGAAGAUGAUUUUGAAGAGCAGUACGGAGAGGAUGAGGAAAUUGAAGAGGAAAAAGAAAAAAAUCCAUUUGCUGAUGAAGAAGCAGAGGAAGACGGUGAGGAUGAGGAGAAUGGGAAUGUUGAAGAUGAGUUUGAAGAUGAUGAUGAGUAUAAUCUGAAGCUAGAUGUCACAGAUGAUGAGGAAUCUGAAGGAGAGGAAGGGGAAGAUGAAGAGACGAGUAAAUCAGCAGAUAAAGAUGAGGAAACAGAGCAUAAACAGGCUGAAUUUAAAGAGCCUGAAGAACCAGCUGUUCCUGAGAAACCAUUCAGUAUAUUUGGACGUAAAAGCCGAGGAAACAGUAUUAGUGAUACACAGUUCCCAAGUGGACAGACUAAGACGUCGUCAUUAACCAUGCCUAUAGAGGACUCUCAGGACCUGUAUGGCUCCAUAUUACCUGAGAUUACCCAUACACAGGGAGAAAAACCAACGGAGCAGUCCCAAGAUUUCAGCUUCUUUCUUGAGGACUCCCAGUCAAACAUGCUUGAUGCAGAUGGGUAUAUCAAAACUAAGUCAACAGGGAAGAAAAAACAAAUGGCACCUGAUAUAGCAGCAGACGACAUUUCUGGUACACAAAAUAACAUGGAUGAACUGCUUGGGCUUUGUUCAGGAAGAUUUAUGGAGAGCCAGGCAGCAGGAAAAGAUAAGACAUCAAGAAAGAGUCUGUUUGACGAGAGUUCAGCAUCAAAUACUCAAAGCAAUAUGGAUGAAUUCAUUGGACUUUGUUCCGGUGUGUUUACAGAGAAGUUGAGCACACAGUCUGGGAAGAAAGGCACAAAACGUACAGCAUCAGAGGCAGAAAGUGACGAGGAUUCUAUCACCGCAUACUCUGAUAAUGAGGAUAAACAAUCAGAGAAGGAUGAGGGAAGCGACAUUGAAGCAGAGGAGAAUGAUGCGGAAGAAGAAGGUGACACAGAUCAUCUAGACAGUGAGGGAGAGGAGGCAUUGGAAAAGCCCAAGAAAUUCAAAGGAUUCACACUACAAAAUAAACAUGGGAAAAUACGACAGGAAUUUGUUGAUGAGGAAGCUGAACUCUCAGGUAGUGAAUAUGACAGUGAUGAGAACCUAGAUCUAGCGGAGGAGGAAGACAUUAUGGAGAUAGAGGAAGGAGACAAAGAGGCAGCAAAAAUGGACCAGAAUGAACUCAGAGAUGAAGUUGGAAGAAUACAUCUGAAACAGUUGAUAGAUGAGGACAAGAGGGAGUUACUAAGGUAUCAAGAAAUGUAUCUGCAAGAUGGGGACCUGUACUCUGAGGGUGGUGGUAGAAUUAGACGUUUUAAAUGGAGCAAUAUGGGCGAAGACUCACAACAGGACAUGUUUAAUGAUGGAAGUGAUGGAGAGGAACAUCAGGAAGAUACUGAAGACUUUACUUGGAGAAAGGAAAGAUACGAGAGAGAACAGUUCCUGAAAGAACAACAGGAGAAAGAGAAUAAUGAAGGUGAAAACAGUCAGUUCUUGAAGCUUGGAAAAGUUUUCUUGAAGAAACAAGGAUCAGUAGAUACAAGCAGCUCAGACAAGGGAAGUAAAUCACAGGAGUCAGGGGCAGAAACUCCAGGCUUCCCAGGAUCCUUCUACAAACUACCUCAGCAGAAACGAGGCUCUUUCUUGGCCAGAAGUAAGGAGGCCUUGGCAAAGAUUGCAGAAAUGACAAAACCUGUAGUGAAUCCUUCAGCUGGUGCCAAAAGUUCCGGAAAGUUUACUUUCCAGGUGAUAUCACCUGAUAAGGAAAAGGAGUCAGAGAAUGCAGUUAAAGGCAAGCAGAGAAAAGCCCAUGUUCCCAAACAGCCAGCUAAGGAAGCACGAGGUAAACAGCCACCAGCAAAACGACCUAAGCUUGACACACAGAGCUCAUUUACAGAAAACAGCAUUUUCAACCUCUUUUAAAAAGGACAUUCAGUCAGGUCAAUGUGUAUAUAAUUGUUGGUUUCUCAGAAAGUGUAUAUUUUGUACAUAUUGAUUUGUACAUGCUAAUGAUUAUGGUGGAUUGUAAAAUAGUAAAUUUUGGAGUUAAUGUUUUGUUCUGUAUUUUAGUAUUGCUUUUAAUGUGUAUUGAAUGCUUCAAGUGUGUUUAAUUUUUGAAAAAUGGACUAUAAUGUUUUGCAUUGUGCUAUCGAAUUAGCAUCAUGUAUUUACUGAUUUAGAUCAGUUGAAUGAAUGAUUAAGAGUUAUCGAGUGCCACCUUGAUUUUCCAGGCAUUAUUCCCUAAUAAGUGAUUCUCUUGUCUUUAUUUAACUGUAGUGGGCACAUUUGAUAAGCUACUUUCAGUUUUUAGCUCAUCUGAUUUUUUGAAAAAAAAAAUGAUGAGUUAUUGUCAUCACUUGAGCGGUUGUCGGCGUCGGCGUUGCCUGGUUAAGUUUUAUGUUUAGGUCAGCUUUUCUCCUAAACUAUCAAAGCUAUUGCUUUGAAACUUGGAAUACUUGUUCACCAUCAUAAGCUGACCCUGUAUAGCAAGAAACAUAACUCCAUCUUGCUUUUUGCAAGAUUUAUGGCCCCUUUUGUACUAAGAAAAUAUCAGAUUUCUUGGUUAAGUUUUAUGUUUAGGUCAGCUUUUCUCCUAAACUAUCAAAGCUAUUGCUUUGAAACUUGGAAUACUUGUUCACCAUCAUAAGCAGACCCUGUACAGCAAGAAACAUAACUCCAUCUUGCUUUUUGCAAGAAUGAUUGCCCCUUUUGGACUUAGAAAAUCAGUUUUCUUGGUUAAGUUUUAUGUUUAGGUCAGCUUUUAUCCUAAACUAUCAAAGCUAUUGCUUUAAAACUUGCAACACUUGUUUACCAUCAUAAGCUGACCCUGUACAGCAAGAAACAUAACUCCAUCCUGCUUUUUGGAAGAUUUAUGGCCCCUUUUGGACUUAGAAAAUAUCAGAUAUUUUGGUUAAGUUUUAUGUUUAGGUCAACUUUUUCUCUUGAACUAUCAAAGCUAUUGCUUUGAAACUUGCAACACUUGUUCACCAUCAUAAGCUGACCCUGUACAGCAAGCAACAUAACUCCAUCCUGCUUUUUGCAGUAAUUAUUGCCCCUUUUGGACUUAGGAAAUUAUUUUCUUGGUUGAGUAUUAUGUUUAAGUCAACUUUUCUCAUAAACUAUCAAAGCUAUUGCUUUAAAACUUGCAACAGUUUUUCACCAUCAUAAGUGGACACUGUACAUCAAGAAACAUAACUCUAUCCUGCUUUUUGCAAGAAUGAUGGCCCUUUUUAGACUUAGAAAAUCAUGGGUAGGACAAUAUUUCUAUUAUACAAAAAAAAUCAGAUGAGCGUCAGCACCCGCAAGGCGGUGCUCUUGUUCUGUUAUGUUUGUCCUUAAACAUCAUUGGUUCAUUGUAGUAAUUUUGACUUAAUUGGUUAAAGAUGUAUCAUGCCCAUUUUUCUUAUUUGAGAAUAUGAGCAAUUACUCCAGCAUAUCUUGAGGAACAUGAAAUAAACAUAAUUGUGGGCAUAAGCUGUGCUGUAUGUAAGGUUUAACCCUUAACCUGCUGAAUUUCUAUAAUGAACUUGUCCAUCUUUCAAUUUGGACGGUACCAUUAACUGUUAAAAGGUGUGCUUGCCAAAAAGAUACUGACUACAUAGCAAUUUAUUCUGCCUUUGCAACCAGUGCAGAUCAUGAUCAGCUUGCACAUCUGAGCAGUCUGAUCAUGAUCUGCACUGGUUGCAAAGGCAGAAUGAAUCGUGUCCAGCAUGAUGAGGGUUAAAGCAUUACUUACUGAUAUAUUUAAGGGAGCACAGUAUGAUUAUACUCUUAUAAUGCCACUGGGAAAAACUGGAAGUUUUUGACACUGGUUGUUUCAUAAAAUGACAUAAUUGAGCCUCGCCAUGAGAAAACCAACAUAGUGGGUUUGCGAUCAGCAUGUUUCCAGACCAGCCUGCGCAUCCACGCAGUCUGGUCAGGAUCCAUGCUGUUCGCUGUCAAUACUUAUUAC